AUGUCGAAAUUUAAAUCUUACAUCAAUUCCAAAGCUAGAGAUGAGAAUCAAAAUCUAUCGAACGACUCGACAACAUUACCACCGCUACGACAUAUAACACAGAUUGCGAUUGAAGCUAAUGAUGACGACGAUGAUAAUUAUGAUAAACCCCCUGUGCCACCUACACGUCAUCCGAUGGUUAAUCGAUUAACAUCAAGCAUAGAUGAGUCCCUUGUUAAUUUGACAUUACUUUCACAAGAUGCUGAAAUUGAACAAGAACAAACAUUAUUUGAUCUCGAACAAAUAUAUUUUCAAUUUCGUACAUAUAUUGAAAAAUAUUAUCAUCAAUAUGAACAUGACAUUAAAUCAACAUAUCUGAAUUAUGAUCAACAUUUAUAUGAACUUCAAUUAAAAUUAAAACAAGUACGAGAAAAAAUUAUACAAAAUUUUACUUCUAUUCAAAAUAAUAAAAAUGAUAAUGAUGAUUGUAUAUUCGAUAUUAAUAAAUAUCGUUAUUUAGAAAUGCUUACAACACAAACACUUAAUCAAACUAUGGACGUACAAAAACCAUUACCAAAAUAUCGAAUAAAAUUAAAUAAUCUUGAGCAAUUACGUGAAAUUUUUUUUAUUCAAUGUGAACCAAAGUCAUCGAGUUCAACAUUCGAAAUCGAUAACGACGAUCUACAUGAAGAAACUACACCAACACAAAGAAGUAUGUCAAUUGAGACAUCAACAUCAACAAACAUGACAGAUGAAUAUGAUAAUGUUCCAAAAGAUAAUUAUGGUCGGUAUCGUGUAUCCUAUCAAAAUCCAGUGCGAACUCUAUUCAAAAAUCUUGAACGAUGGAGUUAUCCACUUGAUGCCGGUAAUUAUUUUAUUCCACUUUUGACGCCAUACCGCCAAAGUUCUCUUGCAUUAUAUUGUCUUGAUCGUGAAUCAUUUAUUUGCUAUAAUUCUCAAUCAUUAUUAUUAUUACCAACCACGAUUAAAUGGCGUGGUGCACGUCCAUCAGCUGUUUAUUGGUUUGAUGAAAUGAAUAUGCUAUUUGUUGCUUGUCGUACACAUAUAUAUGGUUGUUAUUUAGAUGAAAAUAUUCAUGAAGAUCAACGAAUUCAAGUUCGCAUACCCAUCGAGCAAACAGCAACAUGGUCAGAUACACAAGGCCAAUUGUGUUGGCCUAAAUUUAUAACAUGUGGUAACGGAAUCGAUCGAUUACUUUAUGCAUAUUGGACAGAUAUAUUAAGUAAACAUACAAUACCAUCAACAACAUUUAUUUAUUAUCAAAUUCAAGGAAAUCAUUAUUCUAUUAAAUCUCGAUAUUUUCUUGACGGCCGUUUACGUGCAUUACAUUCAACGUUAUCAACAUAUCGUCUUGGAUUAUUAAUUGAACAAUUACAAACUCAAUGUACCUAUUUAGAAAUUCGUACAUUAGAAGAAUUUUCACUUGUGGCUAAAUUUGAAUUACGUACAACAUUUGAAAGAUUUCGUUAUGGUUGUUGUCUAACAAAAUUAUUAUUGAAUUCAAAUUCGUAUAUGUUAUGUGAUCAUAAACAAAAACAAUUGUGGCACAUUAAUGGUGAUACAGGAGAUAUUAAAGUGAAACAUGUAAAUGAAUCUAUUUAUAGUGUUAUCUGUUUAUUGGAUGGUACAUUAGCUAUUUUAUUAGGUUCACCAAUGAGAUUUGAUUUUAUUCAUGACCCAAAUAAUAGUGGAAGGAUUACGAACGAUCUUUUCCCUGAGCAAGAAUCUUUUGAAGUUUAA